AUGGAAAAAUGGUCAUACACAAAAUUUGGUGGGGGUAGUGGAGGGGGUUGUGGCGGACACACUUACCAGCUAAGCUGUUGGAUUAUGGUCACCGGUGACAUUUGUGACGGUGUUGCUAAUGGGAACAAUAGGUGGCAUAAGACCAGAUCAUCCAAACCCGUAUUUGAUGAGAAUGGUGUGAGAAACGGAUGGAAGAAGAUCUUAGUUCUUUAUAAAGCUCCCAAGAAAGUUGGUGGCAAGCCAGAAAGAGAGAAUUGGGCGAUGCAUCAGUACCAUCUUGGUGUAAAAGAAGAUGAAACCAAUGGGGAAUUUUUAGUCUGUAAAGUAUUCUACCAAUCACCAUCGAAGAAAAAUGGCAAGUCUUAA